UUUCCUAGUGUUCGCUGUGAUGGUCAAAACACAAUUAAAACUUAUACAACAUUUAAUGAAAACGUUUCACAUUAGUAAUUUAGCCGAACAUUGAUGAAUGUGAUUUAAUUUUAACACAAAAGGUAGGCAUGCACGGUGAGAGUUUGAGAAUAGUUCAUUAUAAUUAAUGUCUCCGGCUCUCCGUAGAUUCGAGGUCGUGUCGGCUCUGUUUCAUAUUCCGUGAUCUUUAAAGAUCUUACACGAAGGGAUCUCUCUGCGAUUGCCAUCUGACUAGAUCAGUCAUAUCAAGUGAUAAAUCGUUCCAAACUUUUUUGGCGGUGCUGCCAGUUUGGCUAUGCGCAUGUGCGAAGGUGUCCAAACUGACAAUGCUGGAGAGAUAGCGAGUCUGGAUUGAGAAACACAGAGAAAAGGACAGAGAAAAAAGAAAAAGGAGGAAAAGAUCCAAGAAAAAAUCUAACAAACCCACGCCGAAGGACUGGCAUCAUGAGGUCCAAAGGCAGGGCACGGAAACUGGCCACAAGUAAUGGUGACGACUUUGUCCUCUACCCCUCUGAUAUCCUGGAUGAUGUGUGUGUACCGGACGGAGACCCCGAGGCACCAACCUCGGCCCCCCCAGCAGAGGACUCCCCCUCCCCUGGCUUCUCCGCUGAUGAUGAUGCCUCUCCCCUGGAGCCAUCCCCCUUCCAUUCUGCCCUCUACAUGCCCCAGGACGAGAUGCCCAUUCCCCCCGACUUCCAACUGCGCCAGUCGGGCGUCCCCGGUGUCAGCGGCGGCCUGGGCAUCUGGGCACAGAGGACGGUGGACGUGGGCGAGCGCUUAGGACCAUACGUGGGCGAGCAGCGGGCGUGCCUGAGACACCCCACCCAAGGCUGGGAGAUCUUGGACGGGUCGGGCCAUGUAAAGUUCUGUGUGGAUGCCAGCGAGCCUGAUAUCGGGAGCUGGCUGAAGCACAUCCAGUUUUCCCCCACGGCCCACCAACACAACCUGACGCCGUGCCAGAUAGAUGAUCAGAUUUUCUACAGAGUGACUCGAGAGAUCCAACCAGGAGAGGAGCUGCUUCUGUACAUGAAGGCAGAGGAUUAUUUAUGUGACAGCAUGGCUCCUGAUAUGCACGAGGAGAGACAGUAUCGCUGUGAGGAUUGUGACCAGCUCUUUGAGUCUGUCUCUGAGCUGCUGGACCACCAGAAGGUUCCGUGUGGGACACCCAUCUCAGCCUUCCUGGGGAACCCUGGAGGGGACAGUAGUGACCUGGAAGGCCUGGAGCCCCACGACCUGCACCUGUCCCACAGCCUCAGCCACGAUGGCCACGACCACGACGGCCCCCAAGAGUGUAAGGAGUGUGAUCAGGUGUUCCCCGACCUCCAGAGUCUGGAAGCUCACUCUCUGUCUCACUCGGAGGAGAGGGAAUACAAGUGUGACCAGUGCCCCAAGGCCUUCAAUUGGAAAUCCAACCUGAUUCGUCAUCAGAUGUCACAUGACAGUGGCAAGCACUACGAAUGUGAAAACUGCACAAAGGUACAGUCAUGUACCUGCUCAAAGCAGGUGUUCACAGACCCCAGUAACCUGCAGAGGCACAUCCGCUCGCAGCACGUGGGGGCGCGGGCUCACGCCUGUCCCGAUUGCGGGAAGACCUUUGCCACGUCCUCUGGCCUGAAGCAGCACAAGCACAUCCACAGCAGCGUCAAGCCCUUCAUAUGUAAGUCACUCAGACCCUUCAUAUGCGAGGUGUGCCACAAGUCCUAUACGCAGUUCUCCAACCUGUGCCGCCACAAGCGCAUGCACGCCGACUGCCGCACCCAGAUCAAGUGUAAGGACUGUGGCCAGAUGUUCAGCACCACCUCCUCCCUCAACAAGCACCGGCGCUUCUGUGAGGGCAAGAACCAUUUCACGGCAGGGGGGUUGUUCGCUCAUGCCCAGGGCAUGUCCCUCCCCGGUGUCCCUGGUGCCAUGGACAAGGCCGCUAUGGGUGGGAUGGGGCACAGCAGUGCCAGCCUGGCAGACUACUUUGGGAACCGGCACCACAGUGGCCUGACGUUUCCAUCCGCCCCUGGCUUCCCCUUCAGCUUCCCGGGCCUGUUCUCUUCUGGACUGUACCACCGACCCACCCUCAUCCCGGCCACCUCCCCAGUCAGACGGCCCCUAGGUCCAGGUACGGAGCACAGCAAGGGCCCCCUCCUGUCGCCCAGCCCCAGGGCCCAGGAGGCCAGAGAGCUGCUCAAGACCCUCCGCAAGGAGGCAUCGCCCGGCAACGAGCAGCCUCAGGGGACAGAGCAGCGACAGGCCCAGGGCUCCUCCUCCAAGCAGAGGCAUGGCGGCGGCAAGAUGAGCAGCCAGUCAGAGAGCAGCGACCUGGAUGACGUGAGCACGCCCAGUGGGAGCGACCUGGAUACCACGUCAGGCUCGGAGCUGGAGAGCGACAUCGAGAGCGAAGGCCAGCGGGAGAGGGCACCCCGGGAGAACGGGAAGGGGCCCAAGAGGAAGGCGGGCGGAGGCCCCCAGAGCCCCACCAUCCUGACCAGUAACCAUACUAAGGAGUUCCAAGGCGGCCCCGCCUUGUUCCCUCCCUCGCUGGACGAGCACACGGCUGUCUCAGGGGCGGUCAAUGACUCCAUCAAGGCCAUCGCCUCCAUCGCUGAGAGGUACUUUGGCUCCACGGGGCUGGCGGGCCUGCAGGACAAGAAGGUAGGCGCCCUGCCCUACCCCUCCAUGUUCCCCCUGCCCUUCUUCCCAACCUUCUCCCCACCCGUCUACCCAUUCCCAGAGAGAGAGCUCAGACCUCCAGGCCUCAAGGGGGAGCCCCAGUCCCCACCUGAUGAACCCACCAAGAAAGGCCAGAGCAGGACCUCUGAGUCGCCCUUUGACCUUACCACCAAGCGCAAGCAGGAGGAGAAGGUCCCCGCCCCCUUUACCCCCGUCUCCAAUUCCAAACUGGAGGCCUCCUCACGUUCCACCAAUCAGGACCAGCCGCUGGAUUUGAGCAUGGGCGGCACGAGGCACCGCAGCAGUAGCCGCACCUCCCGGAGGGAGGAGUCGAAGAAGAUCCACGUGUUUGGAGAAAACACGGCAGGGGUGGAGCUUCCUAAAGCCGACACCUCUCUGCAGCACGCUAGGCCCACCCCCUUCUUCAUGGACCCAAUCUACAGCAGGGUUGAGAAGAGGAAGAUGAACGAUCCGUUUGAGGCUCUGAAAGACAAGUACAUGCGGCCCGCCCCCGGCUUCCUCUUCCAUCCACAGUUUCGUAUGCCAGAUCAGAGAUCCUGGAUGUCGGCCAUUGAGAACAUGGCGGAGAAGCUGGAGACGUUUGGUUCACUUAACCCCGAGUCAGGUGACCUGAUGCGCUCCGUCCCCUCCAUGUUUGACUUCCGAGCCCCGCCCACUGCCCUCCCCGAGACGCUACUGCGCAAGGGCAAGGAGCGCUACACCUGCAGAUACUGCGGUAAACUAUUCCCACGGUCUGCCAACCUGACCCGCCACUUAAGGACACACACGGGAGAGCAACCGUACAGGUGUAAGUACUGCGACCGCUCGUUCAGCAUCUCCUCCAACCUGCAGCGCCACAUCCGCAACAUCCACAACAAGGAGAAGCCCUUCAAGUGUCACCUGUGUGACCGCUGCUUCGGCCAGCAGACCAACCUGGACCGUCACCUCAAGAAGCACGAGAACGGUAACCUCUCAGGAACGGCUGCGUCCUCCCCUCGGUCAGAGCUGGACAGCAGCAGUGCCAUCCUGGACGACAAAGAGGACUCCUACUUCAACGAAAUACGAAACUUUAUCGGCAACACAGGCCAGAACCAGCCGUCCCCUGACCAUUCUGAGGAAGGGUUGAACGGGGGUCCUUUCGAGGAGGAGAAGCCCCUGAUGGCCAGCCACGGGUCACGUGACCUGGAGGAGGGGGAGGGGGAGGAGCUUGGCGCCGAGGAGGAGGAGGAGGAGGAAGGGGAGCAGAGCGACUCCGCUGCUGGGAAACCUAGAGACGAAGCUCCCCCCAGCAACCUAGAUGAUGACAUCAUACACAACGAAAUAGAAUUUGACGGACCUAGCGAUUUGGACCUCAACUGCAAGACCUCCCCAAGGAGGGAUUCGGUUGUCUCCCUCCUCUCCAGCUAUGAGGAGGAAGAGGAUCAGAGUAGCUACUCUGCGCUGGAUCACAUCCGCCACUUCUCUGACAUGCAUAAGAUGGAGGACAGUGAGUUCAGUGACGGGGACGGCACUGCCUUCGGCUCCCCCAGCCUGCCUGAGGCCGUCAAACAGCCCCUGUACAGGAAAUCCAAGUCCCAGGCGUACGCCAUGAUGCUGUCUCUGGCUGACAAGGACGCACUCCACCCAACCAACCACACACCAGCCACCAUGUGGCACAGCCUGGCGCGGGCCGCUGCUGAGUCCAGUGCCAUCCAGUCCCUCAGCCAUGUAUGAUACCCCGAUCCCUGACCUCUAACCCCCCCCCC